AUGAGAUAUUUAAAGGGUACUUCUGAAGUAGGACUUGUCUAUGGACCAAAUGCUGAAAAUACAGGUGUUGUGGGGUUUGUAGACUCUGACUUUGCUGGUGAUUUGGACUCCAGGAAAUCUCAAACUGGUUAUGUAUUCAAAAUGAACAAUAACACAGUUAGCUGGAAGGCAAAUCUUCAGUCUAUUGUUGCUCUCUCAACAACUGAAGCUGAGUAUAUAGCAUGUACUGAGGCAGUCAAGGAAGCUUUGUGGAUGAAAGGCAUCACCAGGGAACUCGGAAUUCAACAUGAAACUGUUGAGAUCUUCUGUGACAGCCAGAGUGCUCUACAUCUCAGCAAGAAUCAAGUGUUUCAUGAACGAACCAAACACAUUGAUGUGAGGUUCCAUUUCAUUCGAAACACCAUAUCAGAUGGAAAAGUCAAGCUUCUGAAGGUCCAUACCAAAGACAAUCCCUCUGACAUGCUUACAAAAGCUUUACCAAGAGACAAAUUUCAGCAUUUGACAGUUAACUGCCAUAAGAACUGGUUUUCGAUUGUCAACAAGAAAGAGAGAGAUCAUAGUUACUGGAUUCAAAUCCAACAAUUUUCAAUAUUUGGUAACAUUUUAUCUUGCAAAAUAGCAACUGAUGAUGUUUCGGGUCAAUCCAAAGGAUAUGGUUUUGUUCAAUUUGAUAGUAAAGAGGCUGCUCAAAGUGCAAUUGAGAAGCUCAAUGGCAUGCUACUUAAUGACAAACAAGUUUUUGUUGGACCCUUUAUUCGCAAAGAGAAUAGAAAAUUGGGUGCUGAGCAGAAUGUUGACAAAAACAAAGGAAUGAAUCUAUAUGUUAAAAAUCUAGAUGAUAGUGUUACUGAUGAAAAAUUGAAAGAAUUGUUCUUUGAGUUUGGUACAAUUACUUCAUGCAAGGUCAUGCGUAAACCUAAUGGUGUUAGCAUGGGAUUUGGAUUUGUUGCUUUAUCGACUGUUGAGGAAGCAUCCCGAGCUCUUGUGGAGAUGAACGGUAAAAUGGUCGUUAGCAAACCACUGUAUGUAGCACUUGCACAACGCAAAGAGGAUAGAAGAGCAAGGUUGCAGGCACAAUUCUCUCAAAUGCGUCCACCAACAAUGGUGCCACCAGUUAACCCCUGUAUGCCUAUGAUUCCUCCCCAACUCGGGUUUGGGUACCAACAACAGUUACUUCCUGGGGUGAGGCCAAACUUUUAUAUGCCCAUUGUCCAACCACACCCUUCAUUUGUGCUGCCACAGAUGCUUCCUAGGGGGCGUGGUUUCCACCGUUUCCCACCUGGUCGUAACAUGCCUGGCCGAUCUUUCCAUUGAUGGCUCGUUUGGAACACCGUAUUAGGUCAUAAUUUAUUGU